CCUUCUAGUAUACCGUAGUAUUUACGUUCUCAUGCGGAAAUGGUCAGGACUUCAUGAAAUAAGUGAAUAAGUUAUUAAACACACUCUUGAAAGAUUCUUUACAAAUAUGAAUUCAUAAAGUCGACUUUCCGACAGUUUGCAGGAUGCUGAGGUGCAGGUUCUCGGGUAUAUUAAAAUCCCGGAUAUCAUGGAGUCAUGAGAGCACCAUGUGAAGGCUGGAGCUUUUACGUGUCAGUGAUUUCAUGCAUCAUCACUCUUCGAUUCUCCACUAUGAUUUGCUCCAUGUUGACAACAUUUUCAUCUGUUGAUGCUGUGAUGUGCAAAACUGGAAGACUUUAACGAAACAGCUGAAAAAAAUGGUAGAAAAUUCCCCAUCACCUUUACCAGAAAGAGCCAUUUAUGGCUUUGCUCUCUUCCUGGGAUCCCAGUUUGGAUUUAUUUUAUAUCUUGUGUGGGCAUAUGUUCCUGAAUCAUGGCUGCACUCAUUGGGACUCACAUACUGGCCACAAAAGUACUGGGCAGUUGCUCUGCCAGUGUAUCUGCUAGUAGCUGUAGGAAUUAUCUACAUUCUUUUGUUAGGUAUUAAUAUGAUGAGUACAGCACCAUUGAACUCUGUAGAUGCAGUUACAGACAGCUAUGCAAAAAGCCAGAAUAACAAGGAGUUUCAAAAAGGAGCAAUCCCAGUGUUAAAGGAUAUAAGCAUCAGUGAGAUCAAUCACAUUUUCUUUCUUUCUUCUCAGGAAUCUGACUGUAAACUGAAAACAAUGAGGGUGCCAUGCACAUGAAAACAGAUAUUUUAGUAGUCAUGUAACUCUGUCUUUUUUAAUAUUGUUUUUAAAUGUAACAUUGAAUGAUUUUAAUUGAGAGGCUAUAGCCUGAAGUACACCUUCUCUAGUAUAUGAAAAAGCAAUUAGAGCCUACUUCAUUUGUGAAAGCGUGCUUACAUUUUAUGUAGUUUUCCAUAAUAAUUCAAUUCACACUAUAUAUUUUAAUUAUUUGUCUUGGGGCCUUGGCUGAAAAGUUACCUUACAAAAUGAAUGAGUCAAGUAUCUUUUCUACAUCAUACACUGAAAUGGUUGGGUCAUGUAGUAGUAUGUUGUAGUAACAAGGAAACUUUACUUAUAAAAAAGAAAGACAGAUGAACAGAAAAACCCUAGAGAAAGAUCUCUCUUCACUACAGGAAAAUAGUGUUGACCUGAGUAUCAACCUUUUCAUCACACAGCAGCAACAAGACCCAGCAUGACUUCUAGAUGAACUCCAUCCAUAACUCAUUCUACAGCUUGAAACUAAAUAAGAAUGCCACAUGCAAACAAGACUUGAACAACAUUCCUAGUAUCAAAUCUACACAGUGAUCUUAAAAAUUUUAAAUUCUCGGUUACACUGGAAAAACUAAUACCUUUACAAACAGAACUUCAAUUUUAUAUUUUUUAAUGAUGGAUAUGGUUAUACAAAUACUUUUUAAAUGGAUGUUUUAUUUUAUUAUUUAUCAACUGAUUCUUUCUAUCAGUCGCAUACAGGCUUAGAAAGGAUAAGUAAAAUACUCAUAUACUGUAACUCAGCACUUGUGGCGUAACUUUCCAGUGGGACUUUUCAGUCUACUGCAAAGCUGCCACACACUCCUGGUUUCACCUUGGCUCAGACUUCAUGAACACUUAAACCAGACAUAGCCAGGGUGCUAUGGCACUGUCAUCAAGAAUUUAGAUAAAGCAGCAAAAACAAACAGUUCUCUGAUCAAAUAGCAUGGCUCUGCUUAACCCCAAGUGUAAUGAUUUACCUUCUCUUUAGAGUAAACUAUACAGGUCAAAUGUCAUUACCUGUAAAACUGAGUCAGGCUUCACUGAACCCUAUAUGUGCCCCUGCUUUCACCUUUUAAUCAUGUUUUAAGCAUGAAGACAUUGUUAGUAAUGAGUUUUAAAAACAAAAAAGAAAAGCAUUUUCAGCCUUAUAAUCUCUUUUGGAAAUUCAGUAAUUAUUGUUAUUCAAUAAUAAAUGUAUGAUUUCUUGUAAAAAAUAGUAAUAUAUUAUCUGUAUUAUUUAUUUAAUUGUAAUUUCUACUGUGUCAUCUCAAAAUAAUAUUAUUCUUAUUUCAGCUUUGUUUGUUCAUUUAUUUACUUGUUUUUAAUGGAGUAAUUCGACUUUGCUAUUAUAUAAGACGUUUAUUCAAACAAAUAACAAGAAGCAGCAGACAAAUUUCAUUCUUUGACUGUUGGAAUAUAUUUGUGUUGCUAGACAAACAAGAAAUAAUAUUUUGUGUGAAAUUAAUAUGUAAAUAAAUAAAUAUUAU